AUGUCAAGCGAAGUGUCCACGAAAUCAAGUUCGUCUCCGGUCACAUGCAUUCGUGCUGGGUGGGUGGUCCAAGUCGAUGAGGAUAACUCUGUUAUUCCUGACGGUUGUGUCGUUUGGGACAACGAGUCUCGCCGUAUCCUCAACGUUUGCCCUUUUUCUGAGCUCCCGGCUGAUUUCGAGGUCACUGAGCAUUUGCCCAAGCAUGCCCUCAUGCCUGGCUUGAUCAACUGCCAUACACACUCCCCGAUGACGCCCCUUAGAGGAUAUUCUGACGAUCAGAAUUUGCAGGAUUGGCUUCAGAAGUAUGUCUGGCCCGCUGAAGGGAAGUUUGUUUGCCCUGAGUUUGUAAAGCUCGGCUCGCAGCUCGGCGUGUAUGAGAUGCUCCUCUCUGGUUCUACAGCAUUCGUGGAUAUGUAUAUGUUCCCUCGCUCAGUGGCUGAGGUAGCUAAUGCUGCACACAUACGCGACAUGGUUACCCCCCUGAACAUUGCACAUACCUGCUACACAGUAAGGAGGGCAUCUCAGCUCGAAGUUUUCAUGUCGUUAUUACGCACUGCGAAGAAUUAUUGCCAACAUCAGGUGCCGAAGGAUAAGCUCAGCAGAAUUUCUACCAUUGCUGAAUCAGCCGGGACCAGAGUUCAUGUCCAUCUUCACGAAUCACAGGCCGAGGUUGACGAUUACCUCAAGCAACACGGGGAGUCGGCUAUUGAUGCCUUGGACGAAGCAGGCUUGCUUAAUGACCAUCUCAUUGCGGCCCACUGUGUGCACAUGACUGAUGACGAGAUUGCUCGGUUUGCUGAGGCGGGCGCUAAUGCUGUCCACUGUCCACGAUCGAACGCCAAGCUUGCUAGUGGCAUAGCUAAGGUACAGAGAAUGCUGGAUGCUGGUGUGAAUGUGUGUCUUGGAACUGAUGGACCGUGUUGCAACAACUCGAUGGAUAUGCUACAGGAGAUGCAAUAUGCAAGUCUACUAGGAAAGGUUGCAGGACCUGGUGUGAGCCCUAAGAACGUCAACUGUUAUACGGCAGUUCGCAUGGCUACUAUUAACGGCGCCAAGGCUGUUGGGAGAGAGACGGACCUGGGCUCAUUGGAAGCUGGUAAACUCGUUGAUAUGAUAGCCAUCGAUCUGGGCCGUUUGGAGAAUCAGCCCGUGUAUGAUCCUGUGUCAUCAAUUGUGUACACUAAUCAGAGGUCAGUGACGGAUGUGUGGAUUGGGGCCGAGCGUGUUGUCCGAAAUAGAGAAGUUCAGACCAUGUGUAAGCCAUCAGCCGAGAAGCUAGCCGAGUACCAGCAGCAAAUAGCGGACUUCAAGGCCGAACGCGAGGCCGCUGAAUCUACCACACAAGCUUAG